AAAUAAAUUUAAUUCAUAAGAAAAGUGUAAAAUAUCACACCUAUGGCAUCUUUACCUCUCAUGUUAGUGUGUUUUGGUUUAUUUACAGGGGUUUGUAUUGUUCAUACAGUUUUUAAAUGUGUGUGUAAAGUAUUCAAAUGUCAUUAUUUGUGCUGCACUGAGCAUGCGCAAACAAAGAGAACACAUGGCGGGGGGCGUUACCUUGGAGACACACACACACAGGCACACAUACACACACGCACACACACACAGCCACAGUGUCGAUUUCUAGAUUGACGGUGAUACGAAACACACACACACACACACGACGCACGCACGCACACACACACACACACCGGAGAACAACAACGUUACUCGAGUGUUUACGUUGGAAACGGGAGCGGAGGAAUUCACCUGUAAAAAGAGUUAUGGAGCGUUACGAGUCUCUGGGUCUGGUCGGAGAGGGAAGUUACGGCACCGUCCUGAAAUGUCGUCAUCGGGAAUCCGGACGCCUCGUCGCCAUUAAGAAGUUUGUGGACUCGGACGACGACAAGACGGUGAAGAAGAUCGCCCUGAGGGAGAUCAAGCUGCUGAGGCAACUACGCCACGACAACCUGGUGAACCUCCUGGAGGUGUGGAAGCGCCGCCGCCGCUGGUACCUGGUGUUCGAGUUUGUGGAGCGAACGCUUCUGGACGAUCUGGAGCAGAACCCGACCGGACUGGACCUGAACACGAGCCGGCAGAUCCUGUUCCAGAUCCUGAGAGCCGCUGCCUUCUGCCACCAGCAAAAU